AUUCGAGAAUUAACUAAGGGCUGAUUUUGGAUAGCUUAGCAGAGGGAAUGCAACCGGAAGUUCGCCUCAAACGCGCAGCCUUGUGGGUAAUGUAAGGUGCAGGCGGCACAGCAUGCUGAGCACGGAGGGAGGACUGCUGGUGAAAAAAUAGCUUCCGCAGUUCCGUCAGCUGGCGAGGUUGAAGGUUUACUAAGUGUACGCUGUUGGCAUGUUGAACGCUUGUUUUUGUCGUAACAAGGUUGGGUAACGAGCGAGGUAACUACGCCAGCACUGCAGCUCUUCCUUUGCUUACAAGAGGAGCGACAUGAGUCUGGACGAGCAUUCACUGCUUGCGCUGUCCUGGAGGAAGCUGUACCUCAGCCGAGCCAAGCUGAAGGCUUCCAGCCGGACAUCAGCGCUGCUUUCUGGAUUUGCUAUGGUGGCCAUGGUAGAAGUGCAGCUGGACAACAGCUACCCUUACCCCCCUGCUCUCCUCAUUGCCUUCAGUGCCUGCACCACUGUGCUUGUAGCUGUUCACCUGUUCGCUCUGAUGGUCAGCACCUGCAUUCUGCCCAAUAUAGAGGCUGUCAGCAAUGUCCACAACCUCAACUCUGUGCACGAGUCGCCACACGUACGAAUGCACCGACACAUUGAACUGGCGUGGGCUUUCUCUACAGUAAUAGGUACAUUACUCUUCCUAGCCGAGGUGGUUUUACUUUGCUGGGUCAAAUUUUUGCCUGUUAAGCCCAACAAGUCCAGCAAUAGUACAGUUUCAGCUGGUGUGGCUGCUGCUAUUACCUCCACAUCUAUCAUGGUCCCCUUCGGUUUAAUCUUCAUUGUCUUUGCGGUGCAUUUCUACCGCUCCUUGGUAAGCCAUAAGACGGACAGACAGUUUCAGGAGCUGGAGGAGCUUUCUAAUCUCACCAGGCUACAAAACGAGCUGGACAACAGAGGGGAGCGUUCCAUCCUGCAGUCCCCAAGCUCACACUUCCCAUAGUGAAGUAUGGUGGAUAUGUGUCCAUGGAACUCUAGUCUGCAUGGGGUAUCACUAAGACAGAAGCCACAUGAUUGACUUCUUUUUUUCUUUCGGGAAUAAAGAUAUCUUACCUCUUUAUUGUAAAUUAACUUACUUAAAAAUACUUUUAGGAAACACGUUGGGUCAACUGUGAACUCGCAAAUCUGCCGUGACGCACGGGAAGUUAUUUCAAUUGUUUUAUGUUAUUCUGUUGAUUGUUUGGACCAUGUGAUACAAGACACAUUUUCUUUUGAACAGACAAUCAACUUUUAUUUUCAAUCCUAUAUAAAAAAAGUUGUUUCCUUUUCUCUUUCUAUUCCUCUCACUUGUAAAGACAUAUUGUAUUGUGAACAUUGAAAGUCUUAAUUGGAGACUUAACACUGGAGGCAUUUCAACCAUAACUUGAAAUCCUGUCUGCUGCCUGCUGAAUUUAUUAACCUGUUAAUAUUUGUUAAUACACUUUGGUUGUGUUUUUUUAAACUACAAGGUAACUCUUUACUCUAAACUGUACAUUUAUUGUAAUGUCCAUCAACAUUUUUUGUAAUGCUUGCUGUUAGUGUUGACUGACUCAACAGCUCCUAAAACUACAGUAUUAUUAGUAUAAUAUAUUUGCUGACGUGACGUCAAAACACACUCUAUUUUGACAAGUGGCAAUCAGAAUUUCUAAAAUAAAUUGAAUGUACUAUUUGAAAAUAUUGUAUUUUGAAUGUUAUCUUUGCCGCUUACUUUCAAACACUUACGCAAGUUAAACACAUCAAAUUUAGAAUGCCUUUCAUAUUAAAAUGUACUUCAUGACUUAAUGUUAUAUACUGUAACAUGUUAACCAUCACCUAUGCUGGAUAACUAACCAAGUCAGCCCCGUCUAAUGAUGAUUUGUCAUAAUUACCCUCUUGGCUUUUCACAAUUUACAUUUUUAGAGAGAGGAAAGAAAAUUAGCAGUCCUGAUGGAGUAAUUGUUAUUAUUAGGGACACGUGUUUCUCUGUGCGUCAUUUUGUAAAGUCUGAGCACUCCACUUGUCUCUUAAAUCCUGAAUUAGCAUGUUGCUUUCAUCAUUGACUCGUCAUUACCCAUGAAGUGCUUUUCAAUCAUUCUGGUACUUAUCCAAAUUAAAUUUAGCUUAGGUUUUCAUCUCGACAAUUUAGAAGAAGGGAUUUAUCUGAGUUAGCAGUCUGUAUUGGAAGAGAUAGUUCAGAAGUACAAAUUCAUGUAGUUUGAUGUUGAUAGGUGCCAUCAUUGUCAGAGUUCAGUGUAUGCUAAAUAUUUGGUCAGUCCAAUAGUCUUGGUAUAAGACUUCAAUUAUAUCCCUUGUGUUUUUGAAAUAUCAAUAGAUGUUUUGCUUGGCUCCACAGAUAAGAACGGACAGAAGGUGUAAAUAAAAACAAGCUGAAAAUGCCAUCAUGCCAUUUAUUAUCUGUUUUCUGUUAGUGUGUUGUGGAGUGGAAGCUUGCUGUUGAUCGUCUCAAGGUAGGCUUCCUCGGAUUCCUUUAAAACCAACUGCAUAUCCACCAGACGUACCUUAAAGAAAGAACAUGUUCAUACACAAUAAAACGUUAAA